UUGUCAAGUCGGUUUGUUUGUCUGACUUGUUUUGAAAGCAAAGUGUGUCGAAUACGGUACCAUAGUUAGUUUAGUUUAAAUGGUUGAAUAUCGACGCAACAAAGAUUUGAACGCAUUUGUAGAGAUCUUAGUCACUGAUAGCAUUAACGGAGGAGUUAGCACUGUCUCGAAUAAAAAGGAGAGAACAUCAACUAGACGCAACGACGGUGUACACUCAUUGGUAGAUAAUUUAGUUAGCGACAGCAUCAGGGGAGGAGUAAGAAGUGCUUCUUUGAAAGAGGAAAAAAGAGCAACCAUGUCAGCGACCAGUCAGACCAGACUGAACCAGACCCAAGCUCAGGUGGAUGAGGUCGUGCAAAUUAUGAGUCAAAAUGCAGACAAGGCUUGGGAAAGAGGGGCUAAGCUAGACGACCUGGAUAACAGAGCGGCUGCCCUGGAGCAGGGUUCGAGCCAGUUCGCGACCACCAGUCGAAAAGUGAACCGAAAAUACUACUGGAAAGACAAGAAGAUGUUGCUACUUCUGAUCGGAGCUGUCGCACUCGGCCUCGGCCUCCUCGUCCUAUUUAUUUAUCUCAUCGCUAAAUAAGCUUGCAAAAAUUGUUGCUAAAAUCAGAGUUUGCUUUUAUAAAAAAUGUGGUAAUGAAUUUGAUGGUACUCAACAUAUCAGAUAUGAGCUAGUUUUAAUGGACAUUUUAAAUGAUUAUUCACAAUCGCUUUUCUAACUGGAUAUUUAUUAGCCCGUGCCGAGAUCCGCGACUCAUGUUGCGAC